AUGUCAGCUUCUACCUCCCUUAAACUCGAGCCAUUGACCCUGGAAGAUAAUGCCGCCCUCACGAACCUAUGGUUCGCAGCGUUUACAACCCCGGAGCUUCAAAUGGUCUUUCCAGAUACGCCAGGCGUCCGUCAAUGGCUACAAAAUGCAAACAAGCAUGACUUAAUCAACAAGCCGUUCCAGAAAUAUAUUAAAGUUGUCGACAUGGAGAACAAAGAUGAGAACGGUAGACCUCGGAUCGCUGCCUACGCAAAGUGGGACUUGUCAACACCCGAAGAGCGAGGACGUCGCUACCCGCCGUGGCACGAAGAGAUGCCCGGAGAAAUGUGCGAGAUGUUUUUCUUGAAAGAAGAGGGAAAUAGAAGCCGUCUAAUGGGCAAUCGAAAGCAUUACUACUUGGAUACCGUGGCUACGCACCCUGACUACCAGCGACGAGGAUGUGGCUCCAUGCUUGUUAAAUGGGGCUGUGAUCUGGCUGAUGCUGAGGGGGUUAGUGCUUAUGUCGAUGCUAGCAAGGAUGGUGCUCCUUUAUAUGCGAAGCAUGGAUUUGUGGACUACAGCAAUCCCGGAGAGGAGAUCGCCUCGAUGGCCAGGUACUAUAAAGGUGCUUGA